CGAGCGAGCGAGCGAGCCUGACUAUGGGGACGCCGGGCGAGCGCGGCCUCGGCGGGGCCGCCCCGGAGCCCCCUCAGGGCGGCCCUUUCUUCACCCUGGCCGAGGUGGCCAAGCGGAACACCAACAAGGAGACCUGGCUGGUCAUCCGCGGCCGCGUCUAUGACGUCACCGGCUUCCUGGACGAGCAUCCGGGCGGAGAGGAGGUUCUACUCGAACAAGCUGGUAAAGAUGCCACGGAGAGCUUUGACGAUGUGGGUCACUCUGAGGACGCCCAGGACAUGCUGAGACAAUACCUCAUAGGAGAGGUUCAUCCGUGUGACCGCACACCUGAUGCCUCCAAGGAUCCAAACAAGCCUCCGUCAAACGAGUCAAGUUUCUGGUCUGUCUGGUUGAUCCCCAUUCUGGGAGCCCUGGUCCUUGGUGUCAUGUAUCGCUACUAUAUGAUGGAUGGGAAAUCCUCCUGAUUUGGGCCUUGCUGCACUGUUAGACCUGGAAAGCACGCUGUGCCGUUCAAAAUUGUGAGGUUUCCACUGAAUUCUGGUGACCUUCCAGAUUUCGUCUUUCACAUGUAUCGGUUGAUCUAGCAGCCCUAGUGCCUGCAAAGCCAAGCUGGAGUCAGAAGGACCCACCAUUGUCUUUGAUGUAGCUGCAGGAACUGCAGCAUCCGACCAUUCUGUUGUGUUCCUUGUUUCUGUCAUCAUUGGUGGAGGGUUCUUUCCAUUCAGCAGCUUCUGGGUUUAUUGUGGUGGAGGCCUCUGACCUGUGCCAGUCUGUCCUCUCAAGUUCAGAAGGAGUCGGCGUGCAGUUCACAUUCUUCUUUAGAACAGCCUGAUCAGAGACACUGCUGCCUCUUUCUGUACGUGAGUUUUGAAAUGGUUAAAUCCGUAUUUUUAACGGUCUUCUGGUUUACAUAGUCCUACAUGAUCCUGUGCCUUUUUCAUAGGCCUGUUCUGUAAUAAAAGGACUCUCCGAUUACUCUUGA